CGCUGAAAAAAUUGGACCAAAAAUACCCGAAACUUGAGUAUGGAGAAGCUAUACGGAAUUCAUCCAAAGAGGCAAGUGAUGUCUUUUAUUUUCGUGGUGUUUUUAUCUCGGGUAUGGCUGGAGCCUAUUCAUUAUUCUGUGUGGGAGGAAACGACGGGUGGAGCCUUCUUAGCCCAUUUGACCAAGGAGCUGGGCCUGGGAACCGAGGAACUGGCUGCCAGGUCGGCCCAGGUGGUGUUUGACGACGAUAAGCAGCAUUUGUUGCUGGAUCCUCAGACUGGAGAUUUGUUAUUGAGGGAGACACUAGACCGGGAAGAGCUUUGUGGGCCUGCUGAACCGUGUGUGCUGUAUUUCCAGGUCUUCCUUGAAAUGCCAGUGCAAUUUUUUCAGGGAGAAUUAUGGAUUCAGGACAUUAAUGACCACUCCCCAACGUUCCCGGAUGGGAAAGUGCUCUUGAAAAUACCUGAAAGUAGCCAGCCAGGCACUGUAUUUCCCCUGAAAUCAGCCCAAGAUUUGGAUGUGGGCAGCAAUGGGAUUCAAACAUACACAAUCAGCCCUAAUGAUCAUUUUCACGUUCUCACUCGAAAUAACAGUGAGGGCAUGAAAUUCCCAGACCUGGUACAGGACAAGCCACUGGAUCGGGAGGAGCAGGCUGAGUACAGCUUAAUUCUCAUGGCUCUGGAUGGCGGGUCUCCACCGAGGUCUGGCACUGUCAUGGUUCAAAUCCUGAUCCUGGAUGUCAAUGACAAUGCUCCUGAGUUUGUGGACACCCCAUAUGAGGUUCAGGUCCAGGAGAACAGCCCCUUAAAUUCCCUCAUCCUGACUGUCUCAGCUAGAGACAAGGAUGCUGGACAUUUUGGAAGUGUUUCCUAUGGCUUGUUCCAGCCAUCAGAUGAAAUUAAACGAACUUUCUCAAUACAUGAAGUCACGGGAGAAAUUCGACUGCAAAAGAAACUGGAUUAUGAAAAAAUUAAGUCUUACCGUGUGGAAAUUGAGGCCACAGAUGGAGGAGGCCUUUCUGGGAAAGGAACAGUAGUGAUAGAGGUGGUGGACGUGAAUGACAAUGCCCCUGAACUGACCAUAACUUCACUCACCACCUCCAUCCCAGAAAAUGCUUCUGUGACUGUGGUCUCUAUCUUCAAAAUUCGAGAUAAAGAUUCUGGAGACAAUGGGAAGAUGAUUUGCUCUAUUCCAGAUAAUCUUCCAUUCAUUCUAAAACAAACCUUCAAGAACUUUUACACGCUAAAAACCGAGAACCCUCUGGAUAGAGAGACCACAGCCGAGUACAACAUCACCAUCACUGUCACCGACUUGGGGACACCCAGGCUCAAAACCCAGCACACCAUAACACUACAACUCAUAGAUAUAAAUGACCACUCUCCAGAAUUCUCAGAGAGGGAAAUACUGCUUACAAUUCAAGAGAACGCGCAUCCAGGAACUGUGUUCCCUUUGAAAAUAGCUCAGGACCUUGACAUAGGGAGCAAUACUGUUCAGAACUACACCAUAAACCCCAACGCCCAUUUUCACGUGGUUACUCACAGUCGUGGGGAUGGCAGAAAAUAUCCAGAGCUGGUGCUGGAUAAAGCGCUGGACCGGGAGGAUCAGGCCGACCUCAGUUUAAUACUCACUGCUGUAGAUGGUGGGGAUCCCCCCAGGUCGGGAACCACCACAGUGCGCAUUGAGGUCGUGGACAUCAAUGACAAUGCACCUGAAUUUUUACAGUCACUUUAUGAAGCCCAGAUUCCUGAAAACACGGCCCUGAAUUCUAUAAUUGUCAUCGUCUCUGCCCAAGAUUUAGAUGCAGGUACACAUGGGAGUGUUGUCUACACAUUUCAUGGUGGUGAAGUUAUACAACCAUUUGCAAUAGACAAAAUGACAGGAGAAAUUCGUUUGAAACGAACAUUGGAUUUUGAGGAAAAUCGGUAUUAUAGCUUAGAAAUUGUAGCCACAGACACUGGGGGUCUCUCAGGGAAAUGCACUGUAGCUAUAGAGGUGUUGGAUGUGAAUGACAAUGCCCCUGAACUGACCAUGUCCACGCUGAGUAGAUCUAUUCCAGAAAACUCCCCAGAGACUGUGGUUGCCAUUUUCAGCAUUUCUGAUCCAGAUUCUGGAGACAAUGGUAGGAUGGUUUGCUCCAUCCAAAACGAUGUCCCAUUUCUUUUGAAGCCUUCUUUCAAGAACUUUUACACUUUGGUGACAGAAGGACCACUGGACAGAGAAAGUCGAGCUGAAUACAACAUCACCAUCACUGUCACAGACUUGGGGACACCCAGGCUCAAAACCCAGCACACCAUAACAGUGCAGGUCUCCGACGUCAACGACAACGCCCCCACCUUCACCCAAUCCUCCUACACCCUCUUCGUCCCAGAAAACAACAGCCCCGCCCUGCUCAUAGGCACCAUCAGCGCCACAGACAGAGACUCAGGCUCCAAUGCCCAGUCGGCCAGCGUCACGCUGCACGUGCUGCUGGUGGACGGCUUCUCGCAGCCCUACCUGCCGGCGGCCGAGGCGGCGCCCGAGCGCGCGCAGCCCGCCUCGCUCACCGCGCACCUGGUGGUGGCGCUGGCCGCCGUGUCGUCGCUCUUCCUGCUGUCGCUGCUGCUCUUCGUGGCGCUCAGGCUGUGCAGGAGGAGCGGGCCGGCCGCGCUGGGGGUGUGCUCGGCGGCGCCCGAGGGCCCCUUCCCUGCCCACCUGGUGGACGUCAGCGGCACGGGGACGCUGUCGCACUCCUACCAGUAUGAGGUGUGUCUCUCUGGAGGUACUGGGACCAACGACUUCAAAUUCUUGAAACCGAUUGCCCCCAAUAUCCUGCUUCAAGACACUUAAGAGACCUAUUGGAGAAUGUCAAUUGCAGGAAUAACUUAACUUUCAUUAAAACCAGGUUAGUCUGUUGCUAUUGAUGAUUAUUUUCAUCAAAAGUCAGUAGUUUAAUAUUUGUAUGCAUAUUGAAGCUGCUUUGUAGUUAUACGCUAAUUCCUAUUUUCCUGUUUGCAAAUUCUUGCCCCUUAACGGAUUUAUAAUGCUUUACUUAGAACAGUAUUAAAUUAUUUUUAAUAGUGAUUUCACGUGUUUACGUAAUAGCUCAUUUUCAAUUCUAUAUUCUAAGGUAGUUUAGACAGAUUUUCAGCAUACUAGUUUUUAAUUUCUCCCCUUCAAUAUAUGUG